AUAAUUAGUUUUUUGAGAGCGGGAGAAAGAGAAGGAAAUGGAAGAGGUAGACAUAAAAGGGAAAAGGGGAAAAUAGUUGCUUGAAAAGGGAAGAAAGAGAGAGAAACACGAAAGGGAAAUAGGAAAGGGAAAAUAUAAAAGUAAUUGCUGGAAAGGGAAAGAAAGAAAACGGAGAGGGAUACAAAAAUAGAAAUAAAAAAGCCUUCACAUUAAGCAAAAAUGAAAAACAGCACAAGUCUGGAUGCGUAAAAAUGAGUCGAGUAUAAAGUUCGGUAAAAAAAAAAAAUAAUAAUAAUUGAGUGACUGAAGAAAAAAUCAUGCAACAGGAAUACUAAUAAUAACAUCUGUGAGAGGAAAAUGAAAAAGGUCGAAGAAAAAAAAAAACGCUGUGGCUUGACCUAAAAGUAAUGGUUGAAAGGGAGAAAAAUACCAAAUUAAAUCACCUAAACGUUUGAUGAAUAAGAAAUAAUAAUAACUUGAGGGCAAGAGUGUGGAAGAAACGCUAAAAAGGCUCUUGAAAAACGGUUAGAUUAUAUUAUUAAGUUAGACGGCGAGAAAACGAAGGAAGGACAGGGAGAGGGAGAGAAAGGGACGACAAAGAUGGAAAUAGGGAGAAAUGGGAAGAGGUGAAGGAGGAGGAGGAGGAGGAGAAGGAGGAGAGGGAUUAGGAGGGUGAAAAAGAGAAUGAAGAGGAACAAUUGAAGGAAAAGGAGGAGGAAGAUAUAUAUGAAGAGAGAAAGAGCAAAGGAAAAGGAAAAAACAGAUAGGAAGGAGGAGGAAAUUAAAGGAAAAGGAGAAGCUUGAAGGAAAGGAAAGUAAAUUGGCAAUGUAAAAGGAGAUGAAAAAAGGAAGAAUUAAAAGGAGAUGGGGAGAAAGAGAAGCAAGAAGUAGGUGAUGCAGGAGAGAAAAUUAGUCAUGCAAAGAGGAGAAGGAAUAAAAUAAGUAGGAGGAGGAAAGGGAUGAAAAGGACUAUAGGGAAAGAGAAGGAUACACUAAAAAAAAAAUAUCCGUCGAAAAAAUAAUGGAACGAAAGUGAAAAGUAUUUAAAACUAAAGGAAGAAAACGGAGAAGAGCUCUUGAUGGAGGAAAUGAGGAGGACAAGGAGGAGAAAGAGAAGAAGGAGGAGGAGGAGAAGGAGGGAGGAGGGAGAGGAGGCGAAGGAGGCGGAGGAGGAGGAGGCGAAUGAGGAGGAGGAGGAGGAGGAAGAGGAAGGAAAAUACGAAAAGGGGAUAGAAGUGCGAAGAGGAAAAUACCAGAAUAGAAUAUCAGAAUAGUGAAAGAAAUAAAAAUACGAAAAAUAAAGAAAACAACAAAUAAUCAGGAAAAGAGAAGGAAGAUCAGAGUAGCAAACAAGGAAUUUACAGGAAAACAGUCAAACGGUGAGCUAAGUGAAACAAAGAAAAUAAAAAAAGAACAGUAAACGAAAGAAAGAAAACGUAGAAAAAAGAAAAAAGGGGGACUCGAAAAAAUACAAUAAAACGAACACUGAACUAUAUAAAAAAAAACAAUCCCAUAAACACAAACCACAAAAACAAACCCACAAAAGAAAGAAAAAGAAAGAAAGGAAGAAGGAAGGCGGCAAAGAAACAACCGUACACAUGUUAUGAUUUCAGAGUGACCACAGCAAACACUAGUGAGGGGGGUAAUGAAACCUGGAGUGACGAGACCCAGGACUUUCACCACCGCCACCACCAUCACGACCCUCUGAGUGGCCGCCGAUCCUCCUGCGUCACUCCUCAGCUGAUUCCGUGACUGAGCAGGUUGAGGGUCGGAGAUGGCGUCUGCCUUCCUGGCGUGUCUGACAGCUGGCUGCAUCUUAAUUACAGCGGUGUGCGGGGCGGGGCAGGGGGUGGUGAGUGUGGGACAGCCUGCUGGAAAGGGGGACGCCCGGAGCAGCAGCAUCGCCAGCAGGAACAUCAGCAGCAGUAGCCGGGGCCCGGGUUUCAGUAGCAGUAACAGGCCCAGCAGCAUCACCAGCAGCAGAACAAGGGCAGGGGCGGGGCCGGCCGGGGCAGGAGCAGGGCGGCGGGGCAGCAGGGGCCGGUCCAGUAAGAUGAGUUACCUGGACAAGACGGUACAGAUUACGGAGCUGCUGGUGCCUCGGUCCCCCCGCGCCGGCAGGGACGUGACGCUCACCUGCCGCUUCCGUCUGGGCGGCCCCGAGCACCACCUCUACACCGUGAACUGGUGGCGCGGCAGGGACCAGUUCUACACCUACAAAGACAACCACUUCGAGCCCAAGCACGCGUACACCUUCAGGGGCAUUCGCGUCAAGAUGGAGGAGUCGACGGCGGAGACGGUGGUGCUGGAGGGCGUGACGGAGGAGACGUCUGGCGUGUUCAAGUGUGAGGUGAUGGGCGAGGGUCCCUCCUUCAGGACGGCCGUGGACACCAAGAGGAUGACUGUUGUGGUACCGCCGCAGCAGCUGAGGAUCGAGUACCAGGGGCGCACGCAGCUGCCCCGGUACCGUCUCGGGCAAACAGUGUACCUCAACUGUACUGCACGAGGAGCCAAUCCCCGCGCCGAGCUACGCUGGGAGGUGAACGGCGCACCGGUACGUGAGAGCAGCCUGUACCGGUUCCCCGACACCCGCGACAGCAGAGGGCGGGUCACCUCCACGCUGGGGCUGAGGUGGCGGGCCCCGGACACCUUCAGGGACCCCUUGGCGCGCGUCACUUGCCGGGCCUCAGUCCAGGGUCACCCCAGUUCGGAGUCCCAGGUGAUCUAUCUCGACCCCGCCUCCAGCAUUACCUAUCAUCACAGGUACUCCUCGCCAGGCACGCGUCUCCACCCGCCCUGGACAGUCUCGGUGGCAGUACUGUUCCUCACGCGGACCAUCCCACUCUAGGGACAGGAGAACCCUCACCACCCUCAGGAGACGCGAACCUUCUCCUAACAACAACAGUUAUCAACUGACUAUGUGUACUAAGCAAAUCAUUAAGUGAUGUAAACAGAUUAAGCGUCAGUAAGAUACGUAUAUUGAAGUAAAACACGACUUCGUACGUACCUACAAUGCAUAAAGAUAAGGUAAAUGAAGUAGAAAGGGUGAUGGUGGAAUGGUAAAUAUAUGGAGAUAAGAGAGGAACUCGGAUAAGACAAGCAAUAUAUAAACGGGAAACGGGCAAACAAGGAGUGAGAACAAUGGGAGGGAACGCCCGGGAAAACCAAUAUUGCCUGAAACUCGAGAAAACGAAAUGGGAGACGGAAAUAAAGGAAGAAAAUCGGAGAGAUGCGUGCCACGGAUGAACGCCUAAAAGAAAUUCUCACCCAAAUCGUUUGCAAAAAUACCUCAAGCCAAAAUUAUUUCUCAAAACACAGCAUUAUCUUCAACUGUGCCAAUCCAUGAGCAAAAUGACAUAUCAACAGCAUAUAUAUGAAAUAAUCUAGAAAAAGAGAAUUGUUGGGAUUUAGUAAAACAGGAAAAGAAAUAGGAGGGAAAGGCACCACCACCACCACUACCAUUACCAUCCUCUUUCCCACCAGCCUCAUCACCACCACUAUUUCGAUCAUAACCACCACUGCCACCACCCUCCUAACUCCUCCAUCCGUAGCGCAAUCUUCACCACCACCACCACAGCAACCACUACGUCAUCGUCACCAGCAAUACCACUGUUCACUACCACCCUCAUCACACUUUCCAUAACCACCUGUUUAAUGCUACACUAUGAACCUGUUUCACGAAUCACAAAAGAACACCAUCAUCAAUCACCAUCACCACCUCGCUCAUCUGCCAUCACAAUCACCAGCGCCGCAACUACCACCAUCACCACCACCACCAUCAUAGUCAUGACCAUCAUCAUUCGCGUCUCUAUCACACAGUUUAACAAAUCACAACACACUCUUGGUAUGCACUCAAUAUGCAUACCUGACACAGGUAGCGAGUUCACACCUCAUAAGCAGGUAAUAAGUGUAAACAGGUAUAUAUAAACGCAAGUAAGUGAGUAUGUAUGUAUGUAUGUAUGUAUGUAACGUAAGAAC